AUGAAUUGCACUUGUUGGAAAACAAGUUAUCGUGGCCGUAAAUCUCUCAACUUGGGCGGUGUAGUGUCACCGCGAACAAAGCAGCAUCGAAAAGCAUCUGUUAGUCCAGCACCAGCUGCUGUUCCACAAGAAUCACCAAACGGAGCUGCAAAAAUUAUUCAGCAAAGUAAUCAUCAGCCUUCAAAUUUGAUCGGCAUUACCACAACCCAUACAACGGCCCAGCAGCCUUUGCAACAAUCUCAACAGUCAGCUAUCCAGCAAAUUCCGUCAACAACAGCUACAACCAUGAAAGAACAGCCCUCGCAACCAAUGGCGCCCAUGGCUUUUUACCCCACAUGGCAAACAACAGCAGCGACAACAACAACAGACCAACCAUGGCAAAAUCAAUUUAUUCAGCAAAUCCCUCAAAACAGCAGUGCACCAUCAGUGACAGCAACUGCAAUAGCGCCACUUGACUUUCAACAGGGCUACGCUUAUUCAACCAAUGGAUACGUACAAACAGGCGGUCUUCAAUUUGAUCCUAAUUACAAUCGUAAUGCAACCACAUACAGUUCACCAGUCAUUCAACGCUACGAAUUGCAAGCACAACCAAUCAAUCAAGUGUCAUUGCAAGGUGUCAGCUUUGCAUCAAACGUCGCUUAUAAUCAAAUUGCAAGUCCAACAGUUCUUUUUAAUCAUCAACAACAUCAUCCACAUUAUGCAAGUCAUCAACAACAUACUGAUCAAUUGGGAAAUAAACAAAUGGCGAUGACAACUACGGCUUCGGGAAACGAAAUGCCUGGCUAUCCACGAGUGAACAGCGUUCCGCCGCGCUCACUCAGUUGUAAUGGAUAUCCAGGCUUAAAUGAAUAUGGCGGAAAUUCUAUCAACACCACAGCUAAUAACAACCAGACAAAUACGAGUACAUCGUCAAGUCAAUCGUCACAACAAUCUUUAACACAAUCUCCGAAUCGCCAAACCCCAUCACGGCCAAGUUCAUGUAAUGUUUAUCAACAACAAUCGCCAAAUAAUUUCCAUAUGAGUCCAACAAGAAAAGCACAAUCGCCAUCACAAUACCAACAACAACAAUCGAGUCAUGCUGCUGGUGGUGAGUCAGUCAUCAAUAAUCAGCAUUAUCAACAUCAAGACUGGAAUCAAAAUAAUUGGAAUGGAAAUCCAAAUGAAUUGUAUAAUCAAUCUGAUCGGAUAAAUUUGAAUACGCGAUUGAAAACAAUGAUUUUAAAUAAGAAUGAUAAAGAUCAACAACAAUUGCAGCAGCAGCAGCAACAACAACAAACGUCGACCGAUCAUUUUUUAUCGUAUAGCCACCAACAUCUCCCCGAACAUCAACAACAACAACCGCUUAGUAAUCCCACCUUAGAUAGUAUUGAUCAAAGUAACAGUAAGACGACCAGCAAUAGCAGUAACAACAAAGCGGCACUUACUGAAGCUGGAGAUGAUGGUGGCUUUAAAAAGAAUGACUCAUGGGAGUCGACAACAAAUGUCAGACAAGGAAAGAUUGUUGAAAACAAGAAAAGCGAGUCAUUUGAGCAGACACAAUUUAAUGAAAACUUUAAUAAUAAUAAUAACAACAAUUCUGGACAAAGAACUGAGAUUAAAAAUGAUAAAGAAUCAAGUGAAACAGAAGCUAAUAAUAAUAAUACUAAUAGUAAUAAUAGUAAUAAUAAUAAUAAUGGUCAACAACAAAGUUCAAUCAAUCAUUUCAUAACAAGUUCUGGAAGUGAUCAGCAAGCACAAAAUAGAAAUGAAUUGAUUUGUAAGAGUGAAAUAUCGAAGCCAGAGAAUGUUGAAGGUGAGAAAAAGAAGGAAAGUUAUUCCUACCAUUCAGCACAAGAGUAUCAGCAACAUCAGAAUAUGGUGAAUAAUAUUAAGAAGGAAGUGAGUGGCGAAGGUCCCGGAAAUGUUAAAUAUGAUGGAUAUGAGAAAAAUUACCAAAAUUUCAUUCGUUACGCUGACUUUUGUGAUGCACAACAGCCGCAAUAUGAGAAGCAGGUUCAGUACCAACAAGAUUACAUGCAACCUCAAGGCUAUUAUAAUAAUUACCCGUACCAGAACUUUGUUCAUCAUCAGUCACAAAAUUAUUCUCAGCCUCAAAACUAUCAUCAAUUCAUGAGUCAACAAGCCGCCUAUCAGCAACAUCAUUCCAGCUUAACAAACUUUGAGCAACAAAUUCCACUUCAUGCAUAUCCAAUUCCCAAAACACCAACAACAACAGCGUCUUCUUCAUCGAGAAUGAGCGAAACAAUUCUUCCUGUUGCUGAAAUUAAAGCAGAACCGGUAAAUGAGAAACCCUUCGAUGAAGAUGCACAACAAGAGCAACCGAAAGUUGCUGUUGAGAUUCAAAAGCCAGUAACACAAAGUAGUGGUGGUGGUGGUUCUAGUCGAAGCAAGAAACAAGCACAAAAGGAUAUUUACAACGAGCGUAACAAUAAGCCGGAAGUACCUGAAUGCGAUUGCUUCUCAUCCGAUAAAAAGCCACCAGAGCCCGGCAGUUAUUAUACUCAUUUAGGAUGUGCCGCAACAUUGGACGAGCUGCGUAAGGAAAUUGAGAGUCGUGCAGGGUUAGUCGGCAAACAAUUGCGAAUUGAAAAAGUUUUGUACACGGGAAAGGAAGGAAAGUCAAGUCAAGGGUGUCCGAUAGCGAAGUGGGUCAUUCGUCGUGUAGAUCCUGAAGAGAAAGCUUUGUUCAUUGUAAAGCGACGUCAAGGGCAUCGGUGUAAUGCUUCAUUCGUUGUUAUAUCGAUUGUUGUGUGGGAGGCAAUGCCAAUCAUUGAAGCUGAUAACAUGUACAAGCUUUUGGUACAUAAGCUUAAUAAAUUCGGCUUACCAACAACACGACGCUGUGCUACUAAUGAGAAUCGAACUUGUGCUUGUCAAGGUCUUGAUCCGGAAACUUGUGGUGCUUCUUAUAGUUUUGGAUGUUCUUGGUCGAUGUAUUAUAAUGGAUGCAAAUAUGCUCGUUCAAAAACUGUCAGAAAGUUUCGGUUGUCGGGGAAGAGUGAAGAGGCUGAGAUUGAAGAGAAAAUGAACAUUUUGGCAACGAUUCUCAGUCCGAUGUAUAAGACAAUAGCGCCGAAAGCAUAUUCGAAUCAAGUUCAAUACGAAGUUGAAGCGCCUGAUUGUCGAUUAGGUUUUAAGCAUGGAAAGCCAUUUUCGGGUGUCACUUGUUGCGUUGAUUUUUGUGCUCACACUCAUCGAGAUCUUCACAACAUGCAAGAUGGUUGCACGGUGCAAGCGACACUGUUAAAGCCGCGACCAUAUGGAAUGGCACCAGAAGAUGAACAACUUCAUGUCCUGCCACUCUACACAAUGGAUGCCACUGAUGAGUUUGAUAGCGAAGACGGACAAAAGAAAAAACAUGAAACCGGUGCUGUAACUGUUCUUGAAAAAUUUCCAACUGAAGUUCGUGUUCGAUCAACUCCAUUGCAACCAUGUCGAAGGCAUGGUAAGAAGAGAGGGAAUGGAUCGACGACCGAUGAAAUUGUUCAAGAACAACCUCCGUCUCUACCACCACCAGUGACACCGACACCUCCACCAACACCCAAAGACUUUAAGCCAAAGUCCAGAAGUAGAAAUAAAAAUGCAAGUUCGCGAGCACAAACACCGAUUAAUCAAAAUCAGCCACAACAGCAACCGCAGCAAGUGCCAUCGACUGAUAUAAACGCUCAAAAUCAACAAAGCAGCACAUCUUUAUCACCAAACUUCCAACAACAGCAGAACACUUCUCUGAAUCAACAAACGCAACUUCCGCCGACAGCAGUCAACAACAGCAAUUCAAGUACGUUAUUGGAUAUGGCAUCAAUGAUUGAGAAUUUCACUGAUGCUCAACUUCAAUCGAAUCAAAUAUCAAGCACUCCAGUCCCGCAACAUCCAAGCAACUAUCAACUUUACUCGCCAUAUCCUUACGAUCCUUACGGGUAUAACAGUUACAACAAUUACCCGUCGAAUUAUCCAGCAUACAACAUGAAUUAUUCGCAAAGCCCCGUGCCACAUUCAAAUUGGGGACUUUAUCAGAAUUCCCCGAUGCCACCAUCAGCGACACCAGUCAUUCCACCACAUUAUCCGCCGACACUCCCACAACACACAUCAUUGGGACCACCAAUGAAUCAAGCAAUCAACAAUCCACCGUCAAAGAUUAAUGAAGUUCUUGGAGAAGUGACUGAAACGAAUGAUAAUGUUGAAUGUUUUCAAGAUAAGCAAAUGGGUGGAGUUGCUGUUGCACUUCCACACGGCAGUGUUGUGAUUGAAUGUGCGAAACUUGAAAUGCAUUCAACAACAGCUUUAAAGAAGCCAAAUCGAUUGAAUCCAAAUCGAAUUUCGUUGAUUUUCUAUCAACAUCGUAAUUUAAAUCGUCCAAAGCAUGGUACUUUGGAAUGGGCUGAAAAGAUGAGAUUGAAGAAGUUGGGAAUAACAACAAUCGAGAAUGAUCCUGAUUUGAAGGAAUUAUUGGAGGAUGAUGACAUCAAACAUGAGUUGUUGGAUGAAGAAGAAGAAAUUCCAAUUCCGAAGCCAGCAAAGAAAUCACGCUCGAGGAAAGACAAACAACACACAAAUGAAGACAAAUCAGUCUCUUCAACAUUCUCACCAAAGAGUAAAAGUGAAUCAAAAGCAAAAUCAAAUCAACAAAGUAAGACAACGACAGCAGCUGCAAAUGGAAAUUGGACAACAUUAUUCCAACCAUGGUGA